GGUUAGUCUCUCCGCUUCGUGCAGAACUUCGUCGAUCCUGGAAUAGUUUCGUCAGUUACUCAUCGAAGUUUUUCGCGUGUUUGUUGUACGAGCCAAUUUGCAGUCGUUUCGGGCACAUUCAUACCAUUCUCGGUGUACAUAACCCUCUCCCGUGACAUUUACGUAUCAAUCGAACGUUGAUCGAAACAUCGAUAAUAGGCUUCGAAUUCUUCUCGAACGAUUAGUUCGUUGAUACGAUUGUUCAAUCUGGAAGCUGAUACAGAAAACGCGGGGAUGGAUGCUAUGGACGUCCUCAGUCCUGACACUUUGUCGGGGAACAACAAGGAUGGUUUCAACAACGAAAACAAUGGCAAUAACAAUGAAGACGACGAGGCGCCCACCGUCGAGGAGACUUACGAGGUUACAACUACCAAACGAAAGACGAUUCGGACCAGCUACAAGAUCCAAGAGACAUCUUCAUCAACCAAGACAACCACAAUGACAACUGCAGCAAAAUUAUAUGGCAAGGAUUUGAGUGAAUAUGAUGAUGUGGAUGUGGAUGAUUUAUUGGCACAACUUACCCCAGAAGAAAUUAAUAUACUAGCUAAGGAAGUGGAUCCAGAUGAUAGCUUUAUGCCACCAUCACAGCGUUGUAGCUAUGAAUGUGACAAGAGUCCUACAGGACCAUUAAAUCGUAAGAAACUCAUUGAACAUAUCAACAAACAAGCUUUAGAAACACCAGACAGACCUGAAUUAAAACCUUAUGUACCUGGUGUAAUAAGAGGAAAAAAGUGGGUUCCACCUCCUCAAGAAUCAACAAAAGAAAAAGAAGCAGAAGAACAAAUUGCUAUUGAUCUUGGAGAAGAAUAUGAACAAGCAUUAUCUAAUGCUACUCAAGAAGAAAUUAUUGAUCUUGCUGCUAUUCUUGGAUUUCAUUCCAUGAUGAAUCAAGAUCAAUAUCAUGCUUCUCUAUUAAAUUCUGGCCAACCUGUUGGUUUGGGUUGGGAUGGUAUAACAAAAGCUAGUCAACCAAAACCUUACCCAAUGGAACCUCCCAAUGAUACAGAUGUUGAUGCUACUAUUAAGCAAGUUAGAGAAGAUGAUGUUUCAUUAAUUGAUUUAAAUUGGAAUAAUAUCAAAAAUAUAUCUGAUGAAAAAUUUAUUCAAUUAUUCGAAGGAUUAGAGAUAAAUACACAUCUCGAAUCUCUAAGUUUAACGAAUGUGGGACUCACUGACAAGACUGCACAAAGGUUGGCAGAUGCCUUAGAAAAAAAUUCAACGCUCAGAGUACUCAACGUGGAAACAAACUUUAUAAGCCCAUCUGUGAUAGUAAGGCUCAUCAGGGCAUUGCUUAAAACAAAAUCAAUAGAAGAAUUUCGAUGUUCGAAUCAGAGGUCGCAGGUAUUGGGAAAUAAAAUUGAAAUGGAAAUUACACAAUUGGUGGAACAAAAUCCAACAUUGCUCCGACUUGGUCUUCACUUGGAAUUCAAUGAUGCUAGACAUCGCGUAGCUGCACAUUUACAACGCAACAUUGAUAGGAUACGGAAAGACCUAACGCUGCGACUACAGUUCCGAUUCUUUAACAUGAAUCACAGGAAACCUGCCUUGAUUCAAUGAAAGUACGGCAGUCCCGGCUCGGGGUGGCGACAUCUUAACGCGAAGUGGCGUUCGCCUAGGAUUUUAUUUAUAUCCAUGUUUGAAUGGUGUAGCAGCCGGUGCGUUAAUUGGAAUGCGAUUGGAUUAACCUGUUAACCCGCUCGAUUUUUAAGAAUUGAAAAUUUGCGCAAUAUCAAUUUUCCUCGAAUCGAGUUUUUUUUUUAAUCGAAACUUCUCCUGUUAACGGGUUAAACGCGUGGGCUCAUUCGUACUCGUAAUUUUUAACCAAAGACUCUUACCUUUAUUAAGAUUGAGAGCUACAAUUUCGAAACGUAUACCGACUUGGAAUUGAAAAGAACAUGGCGAAGCAUCGAGUUCGUUUCAUACUAAAACAAUUUUUAAUUACGCAUAUUGAAUUUCGAAUUUAGACACGUGACAGAACACUCAAAAGAAUGAAACUCUAAUUAAAAAAAGAAGAAGAAGAAGAAGAAAUAUCGACGCUUCGAUCGAAACUAUUUUCUGCCAGUUCCCGCGAUAAGGGAUCCCCGCGGUUUUGGUUUCGAAAGCAGCCUAGCCAUUCCGCUGUCGCUUCCGGCUCCUCCAUUCCCAGCGACUAUUCAGCACUAACGGAAGUGUCUCGUUUUCCCAACCGGAUGCCGCGGAACCCGCUGAAUCGCACCUGACCACUUCCGCCCGCCGCGUCCACUACCCUUGUGCUCGUGUCCCUCUUCACAGGUCAACGGGUUUCAACGUCGUACUUCGAUCGCCUCCUCCUCUCUUUUUUUUUUAUUUCGUCACAUUUCUCCGUAAACUUUACAAAUCUAACGUAGAAUCGUUCUCUUCAAAUCUUAUUUUACAGUUUCUUGUAUUCUUUCUUGUAUUUCUUUCUAUUUUUCACGAUGCACAAUUUGCGAAUUUCUGAUUGGAAGAAGUAUUUAAAGAUAAUGUAGCUUGUAAUUAUUAUUGCUUUCUAUGUCAAAUUGUGCGUGUCAAUUACUUUGCGUGUGCAAGCAUCGACGAGUUAACGAGGAGCUCCGUGGUUAUUUAACCACGGGGAUUAUUUCUCGCCUUUCGUGGGAGAAAUUUUCGCCCGUUUGUUGGAGGGGGAACGGGUUCACGCCUCGAUACGUUCACUGCGGAAUCGAUUUCAAGGAAUGGAGGUAUUCUCCUCCAUCCGCGGAACGAUCUCGCCCAAUGUCGUUCAAACGCAAAUGGAUCGUGCUCGUUCGUGAAAUUCGAUUGCUUUUCACCCUUCGAUUCCUUUUAUUCCGCGUCAAAAGUCGCCCAUUGUCCCGGCUCGAGAAAAUACUCGAGCGAAUCUUGAUUUCCCCUUUUUUUCUCUUUCUCUCUUCGAAAUUUUCGCCCCUAAAUAUUCGCCAGACUUUAUCCUCUUCUCGAACUUGUGUCCAUGGAAUAAUAAUACGAUCGAAGUGUAACGCGAGAGCGUUAUCCGUUGGAAAAGUUGAAGUCGACAAUUCGUCGACGAAUCGUUCGUAAGCAGCCGAACGUCGAACGAGAGUAAAAAUAAUAUUUCGGGAUGCCGCCUCCGAGGGAAAGGAAGAAGAUCGAUUAUUUUGAAUGUUGAAAAGGGUGGAGUUUUGAAAUUACUAUUCUUGUGUGAAAAUGAACGGAAGUAGAUGAUGCAAUAAUGUAACAAAUACUUGGUCCAAUUAUACGAUGUAAUAUAAUAUUUAUAUAAUGUUAUUUCACAAUCAUCAGCAUGAUAUCGUACUAAAAUUAGUUUCCAUAAUUCCACGAAGUGUUCUAGGAUAUUCUAGAAUGAUUAUAAAUUGAUUAAUUAAUGAAAUACAUAUACGAUGAAGAAUAUAAAGAAAUAAGUAUAUCAUAAAUUACACUUAAAAUAAUUCAACUACGUACUUUCAUCGAUCAAAAUUGUAUUUAUUUUCUCAUUUACUCCUCGAAGACAAAUUUUCGUACAAAAAUUUCUCCACUCUGAGUCACGAUCUAAACUAAAUAAGAAACAAUAUUAAUAAUAACAAAUUAUAAAUAAAACAAUAUUAAUAAUAAUUAAAUAAUAAAUCGAUCUUCAAAGAUCCUAUUAAAGCAACUUUUCAGCCGUCUUUUCGAACACCUCUUCGGAUAUCCCGCGGCGGUAACAGUCUUCGCCGCGUGGCAAUCUUUUCAAAACGAAUCUUUCCGGUCGGAGGCCGCCGAGAAUCCCUCCCUGAAAUAUCAUUUUUAAUGCCGCCGUGGGCGGUUAUCACGGUGGUGGAACGGCUGACCAAGACUUCUUCCCGAACGUGUCGAAAAUAUUGCUCGUACAUCGAAAGAAUACACCGCGAGUGUGACGCGCGAGUCGUUUUCGUCGCCUUUCGUUCGUUUAGUUAUCCGCGGCUAGGGACAAAGAAGUGGAAGGAAAUUUCUCUCUUCUCGCGAGAGAAAUUUGCCGAUAAUAUUUAAUAUAUUUAUACGACACACUUCUCGUAAAAUGGUUGGCCGUACGUUAUCUCAAGAGGAAAGUUUCGUCGAACUUGAAGGAAGAAUUCUUACGCGCGGAGAUGCCAUUAGAUUUUCUUCUCUAGUCUCUGAUGAACUGUAUUAUUAUUAUUAUU